CAUCAAACACAGUGCUGACUUCUCCACCGAGAAAUGCUUCAGUCACAAGGUGUCGCUGAAGUUUUCACCAUCGUCAGCUGUUCCAGGAGAGGACACCAGCAUGCAGGUGACAGCCCAGCCAGAGUCUCUGUGUGGUGUGAGCAUUGUGGACCAGAGUGUCCUCAUCCAGGAGCCGGGAAAGACUCUUGAUGCUGGAAAGAUAUUCGAUUUGCUGCCUGUCAAGAAAAUGUCCAGUGUUCAACCAGAGGGCGGAGAUGCUGAAACUUGCUUCAGUAGUUUGGGGUUGAGAAUGGCAACAAACUUGUUGUCAUCAUGUGAGGUUCUACCAAUCCUCAGAAGAAAAGGUUCCAGGGGCAGAUCUGGUUCUAGGAGAAUAAUGAUGAAGAAUUCGAGACUUCGCAGCGACUUUCACAUGAAUGCAAGAAUAUCAAAUCCAGCACCAGUUGUGACGGUCCGCACGUUUUUCCCUGAGACUUGGAUUUGGGACUUGGUGGAAAUUGGAUCAUCUGGAACAAAGAACGUGUCCCUCACCGUCCCAGACACCAUCACCACCUGGGAGACAGAGACUUUCUGUUUGUCUGCUCAGGGUUUUGGUUUGGCUCCUCGUGAAGAAAUCACCGUCUUCCAGCCCUUCUUCCUGGAUCUCACGCUGCCCUACUCCAUCAUCCGGGGGGAGCAGUUUGAACUGAAAGCAACCGUCUUCAACUACCUGUCAAGCUGCAUCAUGGUCACUGUUACACCCAGCCCCUCUCCAGAUUACACCCUCACCCCCCUCUCUGGUGACCAGUACACAUCCUGCCUGUGUGGCAACGAGCGCAAGACCCUCAGCUGGACCAUGAACCCCUCAGCCUUAGGAGUUGUGAAUGUGUCUGUGAGUGCUGAGGCAGUGGCAUCCCACAUUUUAUGUGAUAAUGAGAUUGUGAGCGUCCCAGACAGAGGUCGCAUUGAUGUGGUCACACGAUCUCUCAUAGUAAAGGCUGAGGGAACAGAAGAGACGGUAACCCACAACUGGAUGUUCUGCCCAAAAGGGGAGGCUUUGACGGAGGAAGCAGAGCUCCGACUCCCUGAGAAUGUGGUUGAUGGAUCUGUCCGAGUUUCACUAUCAGUGCUGGGUGACAUCCUUGGCCGGGCCUUGAAGAACCUGGAUGGUCUUUUGAAAAUGCCUUAUGGAUGUGGAGAGCAGAACAUGGCGCUCCUGGCCCCCAACAUCUACAUCCUCCAGUACCUAAGAGACACAGAGCAGCUGACUCCAGCCAUCAUUAAGAAGGCUUCCAACUUCCUGACCAGUGGCUACCAGAGACAGCUGACUUACAAACAUGGUGAUGGUGCUUACAGCACAUUUGGAUCAGGACCGGGGAACACUUGGUUGACUGCUUUUGUGCUGAGAUCCUUUGUCAAAGCACAGUCUUUCGUCUACAUUGACCCAACAAUAAUUCAACAGUCAGUGACUUGGCUGACUGGAAAACAACAACGACAUGGCUGUUUUCAACAGUCAGGAAAACUCUUCAACAACAGAAUGAAGGGCGGCGUGUCUGACGAAGUGACUCUCAGUGCAUACAUUACUGCUGCCUUUUUGGAGAUGCAUAUGUCAGUGUCUAAUCCUGUGCUGAGGAAGAGCCUGUCGUGCCUCAGAGAGUCCAUCAGUGACUUCAGCAACACCUACACCACAGCUCUGAUGGCGUACGUCUUCACUCUGGCGGGAGACAUGAAGACCCGUGCUCUCCUUCUGGAUCAUCUCGAUACAGUUGCAAUCAGAGAAGGGGGUUUCUUCCACUGGUCCCAGACAUCAGCAAAAACAUCAGCCUCUCUGUCUGUGGAGAUCAGCUCCUAUGUGCUGAUGGCCAAACUCAGCGCCUCCCCGACUAAUGAUGAUCUGGUAUACGCCUCCAGCAUCGUGAGGUGGCUGACGAAGCAGCAAAACUAUUACGGAGGCUUCUCCUCCACUCAGGACACGGUAGUGGCUCUUCAGGCUCUGGCUCUCUAUGCCACUCUGGUGUUCAGUCCUCAGGGUUCAAGCACAGUGAAAGUCCAGGCUCCCAGUGAACAGCUGACAUUUAAUGUGAAUCAGGACAACAAACUGCUCUACCAGGAGAGGAUCCUGCAGGACAUGAUGGGAAAGUUCAGCGUGGAGGUGCAGGGCACUGCAUGUGCUUUGGUGCAGAUUUCUCUUCACUACAACAUCCCAACUCCAACUAAUGUCACCACUCUCAGUGUGGAGGUCAAACCAGAGGCCGACUGCACCAGCCAGUCUCACAGACCCAAACUCACCCUGAAGCUCAAGUCCCUAUACAGCGGAGAGGAGAACAGCACAAACAUGGUGAUACUGGACAUUAAAACACUCUCUGGAUUUGUGCCAGACCCAGAGUCUUUGAAAAAGCUCAAAAAUGCCCUGUUGGUGGAUCGUGUUGACCAAAAGGAAGACCAUGUUCUGGCGUACUUACGAGAGUUAAAGACCGGCAUAGGCAUCAACCACACCUUAGAGUUCAUACAGGAGGUCCCGGUACAGAACCUGAAACCAGCCGUGGUCAAGAUCUAUGACUACUACCAACCAAGUGACCAGGCUGAGACAGAAUACACCUACUCUUGUGCUGCAGCUUGAAGAGCGAAGUGGGGUCGACACUCAUACCUUGAAUGAUUCUGCCAUUCUGAUUUGACAAGACUUGCUUUCUUUUAAACAGCUGGUUAGAGAUAACUCUGUUCACAUGUGCGCACACGUCACUGAUUUGUAAGUGUUCCGCCUCCUCCACUGCAGCUGAAGUGCAUGUUCACACAUGAUGUAUAGCAUGUACAAUAUAUGAAACGAGGAGUUAACGAAUUAACAAUUCUGGACACUGCAAUUAGCGCUAUUUCAGCUACUGUUUAGAGUCUACGUGCGUGAUGCAUCACGUCUGAACCAGGAAUUAAAGUGUUUCGUCAGUGCUUCUACUA